GCGUCCUGUCUGGAAACACUGGCCACCCUGCUCCCAAUCCCCCUCUUUCCCGCUGUCUCUCCUCCCUCCCAGAUCAACUGGGCCUCUUCCAAGCCUGUGCAAAAGAAAAUAAAACGCCUGGGCCCCUUGCCCAAGUGUUUCCAGCCAGCACUGCACUGCCAAGGCCAAGUCUGCACCCGAGGGUCUGGGUUGGGAGCAAAUGCAAAUGUGAGCCUCUUGAGAAAGUGCUUUCCGGCCAGGCUCUCCAAACGCACUAAUCUUCUAUUGACAAAAGUCUUUCCCAGGCACAGAAGUCUGUCUCUGCUGAGAGGCCAGGGGGGCCCGGCCUUAUCUUUUACUUUCUUCUGCUGUUAGCGCGGUGACAACUUGUUUUCGUCUUCAUUUCCCGCCGUCUCCCGGUAUUUUUAGGCUUGAGCCACGUCGGAGCGCCCCGGUCCUUCGGGCUCCCAGCGCGGGGUCUGAGGCCCGGGUGGCCGCGCGCCCACCGGAUCCGCGACCCAGAGACGCCCGGAAGCCGGGCCUCGCCCUGCGCUCCGCGGACUCUGCUUUGCCUCGGAAGCCGCCCCACUGCCUUCUUCCCGCCGCUUCUCCUCCUCUGUCCCCGCGGACAGCACCAACCCUGGACCCCGCCAGCGUCGCGGGCAGAGCGGCUCACCCGGUGCGGCGCCUCGGACUGGCUGGCUGAUCCCAGGAUAAUUGGAAUUCUUCAAAAUGUCAGCCCCUGAGCUGCCUGCAGAUGAAAUGGAAAAUCAAACCAAAACACCAGAUGCAAGACCCGAUGCUCCUCCUGACUACACUUCUCACGUUGUUCCAGGACCCCCUGGACCAGCUGUCCCUCCAAUUACAGGUUACCCAGGAGGCUUGUCUAUGGGAUACUACAGUCCACAGCAGCCCACUACUUUUCCCUUAUAUCAGCCAACUGGUAGUACCCAGCCUGUCCAAUAUCAGCCUGGCAAAUAUCCUGCACCGAAUCAGCUCGCUCCAGUAAUAUGGAUGCCAGGGCCAACUCCUAUGCUGAACUGCCCUCCUGGUCUGGAAUACUUAGCUCAGUUGGACAACAUACAUGUUCUUCAGCAUUUUGAGCCUCUGGAACUGAUGACACGCUUUGAAAUUAAUAACAGAUAUGAUAUUAAAAAUAACACAGACCAGAUGGUUUACAUCGUAACUGAAGACACAGACGACUUCACCAGGAAUGCCUAUCGUACUCUGAGGCCCUUUGUGCUCCGGGUCACUGACUGCACAGGCCGAGAGAUUAUGACAAUGCAGAGACCUUUCCGAUGCACCUGCUGCUGCUUCUGCUGCCCCUCAGCCAGGCAAGAGCUGGAGGUGCAGUGUCCUCCAGGAGUCACCAUCGGCUUUGUGGCAGAACACUGGAACCUGUGCAGGGCAGUGUACAGCAUCCAAAAUGAGAAGAGAGAAGAUGUGAUGAGAGUACGGGGACCGUGCUCAACCUAUGGCUGUGGGUCAGACUCUGUUUUUGAGGUCAAAUCCCUGGAUGGCAUAUCCAACAUUGGCAGCAUUAUUAGGAAGUGGAAUGGUUUGCUAUCAACAAUGGGAGAUGCUGACCAUUUUGACAUUCAUUUCCCAUUGGACCUGGACGUGAAGAUGAAAGCCAUGAUUUUUGGAGCUUGUUUCCUUAUUGACUUCAUGUAUUUUGAAAGAUCUCCACCACAACGUUCAUCAAGAUAGAGGAUCAUGUAAGAUCAUCAAUUAAGAUAACAAAAAUAUUUUAGAAAAUGUUACAUUAGGCUUAGAGUCAACCCUCGUGUUUGGCAAGUAUAUUGCUCUAUUUUCCAGGUUAUUUGAGGGGGGAUGCUUAGCUUUGACAGGCUGAGGUUUCAGUGGAAGACCACAACUAGACAUGAUUAUCUAUUUGAUAGAUUAGGGGUUCAUUUUAAAAACCAUGACCCAUUAAUCAAGUAAAUUUAUACAAAAUUAGUUCUAAAACACUACAAACAUGAGAUAAGCAAAUAAGCAACCUCAGAGUUCUCACAUUAAUAGGUAGUGAAAUGAAGGAUUGUUGUUGGGACAGAGUAACAUGGUUUCUAUCUGUAGUCCUUCCCCACCUCUAUUCUCUAUCAACAUGUCCUGUUACAGAAGACAAAUGUAAUUCCAGGUGAAAAGAAAGAAAAUGAUUGUUUUUAAAAACUAAAAGGUAGAGAGAAAUAUUAUGUUUUAUUAUACAGUAAAAACUUUAUUGUGCAGAUAUUUCAGAACUUCACUCUACAAACUUUGCAAAAGUUUUGAUGGAAACUUUGAUUUUAUUAGAAAAUAAAAUGUGUAUAUUUUUAUGACAAUAUAUUAAUUUUCCACUCAAAUUUCCUCACCAUGUGGCAUGGAUAAGCAAUAGCUGCCUAUGUACAAAGGCAGAAUCAGACUGUCAGGAAAAUAGCCACCCAGAGCCACAACCAGUUGAGAUCUCAGCAUCCAGGGGCAUCAGUGCCCUUAUAAGAACCUUGCAUUUAAUACAUUUAUAUAUAAUACAUUUAGCAUAAUACAGAAUACAUUAAUGUUUAUUCAUCACAUAUGAAAUAUAUUUAGCCAAAUCUCUGAUUUUCUAUAAUCAAUUGUUUUGUUUUGUUUUAUUUUCAAAAUUCCUGGUGACCAUCAGGCUAUUCUACAGGCAAGAAAUUGAGCUGUUUUUGAAAUGUGGUUUAGUGUAGCAGUUUAUAAAAGCAAAAGCUAUAGAUUACAGCAAUGCUUAAAACUGCUUCGCUGCUUUUUGUUUACAUGUUAGAAAAGAAAAUAAUAAACCCCAGCAAACAUGCUUUUAUAUGUUCUACAGGUUAUCAUUGAGGAUUAUGUGGUAUCAACAGUUAUAGUAUCAUUAUGCUUAUUUGUAUUAACUCAUUUAAAAUAGUGUACAAAUGAAUGCACUUUAACUUACCUCUGUUGCAGUUUAGCCUCCUAUGUAGAUGUAGACUGUGUUCUUUAAACAUACCUAGUAAUUAGAAUGGAAUGUAUUCUUCUACAGUUCAUUAAAUUUUUAAAAAGCUGAGUGUUCUUAGGGGGAUUAUUUUGAGAUAAGAGCUUUAGUCCACGGGUCUUUUUGAAAUGAAAGAAAGGUGCUUCAUUUUUAAAUUAUACUAAUCUUUUUAUGACAAAAGUUGUUUUAUUUAGUUAUUUGUAAGAUUGUUUUUACAUGCUGCUACUAAGCUUCUUUUAAACAAUAUAAAAGCUGCUGCUUUCUAAAAUAAUUGCCUUAUAUUUGAAAAUACAAUCUUAAUCAGACAGAUAUAUUUCCUAUAAUGAUGUUUUGGCAUUUAUAAAGAAAAUUGUGGGUUGAGAAAGUUCAUAAACUUUCUAUUUUUACUUUCAUAUAGUCCUAUAUUUGAAGAUUUGGAUAAUACUAAUAGUAUAAGAAAGACAGGACAUUUUAAAUUUCUGUUUAAUAUUAACAUGUCUCUUGUGGUUACAGGUUUUUUCUCUAGAAAUAAUACUAUGUGGCAUAUUUUAUGAUUUAAUUCACAAAGUAAUUUCUAUAUUUUAAACCAGAUUUUAUUGUCCAAUAUUGAUCAAGUUAACUGAUAAACAGAAGCUAUUCUUCAAAAUCUGUAUGUUCUCAUGUUUCUUCGUGUUCUGGCUUUUAAAUAAAUGUAAUAUGGUUAAUGGUAA